AUGGCCGAGGAUCCAGCGAUCCGCGCGCUCUUUGGACCGGCACCGGCCAAUGUCGACCUUAUUGCGAGCGCUGUCGCCGUGAACAAUGCGGCUGUUGUUGCCAUGCUCGUUUUGGCUGCGGUGGCGGUGAUGCUCCGCUUCACUGCGCGACUGGUCCUUCGAAAUGCCCUCAUGGCCGACGAUUGGGCCAUCAUUGCUGCCCUGCUCUGCAUAGGUGCCACGGCUGGGUUAAGCAUCGCGGGAGGUAUGACUGGUGCUGGGAAGCACAUUUGGUCCGUCACACUGGAGGAACUGAUGCACCUUUACCGGCUUUUAUUCUCCUAUACCUUCAUCUACGCCUCCUCCUGCACCUGCACCAGACUCUCCAUUCUUUGCUUCUACUGGAGAGUCUUCUCGCCCCUGAAGCCGAUAUUGAAAGUUGCACUGUGGUUCGGCGUUUUCCUGACACUUGCCUACCCGAUCAUCGUUUGGGUAACCAUGAGCAAUUCGUGCAAGCCCGUCACAUACUUCUGGACGCAAUUCAGCGGGACGAGCGGCAAUUGCAUCGACGUGGACCGAUUCUUCCUGGCAGCGGGCAUCCUCAACAUGCUGAAUGACUUCAUCAUCUUGAUCAUCCCCUUUCCUCGGAUUGUCAAGCUGCAGAUGAGUGUGCAGAAGAAACUGGCCAUCAGCGGAAUCAUGGCGAUGGGUAUUUUUGUGUGUGUUGCCAGCAUCGUUCGCAUCCGAUACCUGUCGAUCUUCAUGAGCUCGACGGACCUGACCUGGCUGAUGGGACCCGUAUUCAUCUGGUCCAGCAUUGAGCCAUCGGUCGCCGUCGUCUGCGCUUGCAUGCCUCAUCUUGCACCUCUGGCACGGCUGGCUCAUCGGUCCUUCGUGUCCAGUUUCCAUUCCCGACGAUCGACGAUCGAGUUAUCGGGACGACCACGAAAGCUACCGAGUGGAUCGAGGCAGGGUGUUCAAAAGGGCCACCGAUUCAGCCAGCGAGGACCAACGUUUGACUUCGGGUUUGAGCAGCUGAAGAAGACGGCCAAUGACGACGAGAUCGGGCUGACGAAUUAUGUUACGGCGGGGCCCAACUACAUGGGCAAGCCCUCGUCCAUCGAAUCGGUCUCCGAGGUGGAGGGUCGUGCUCGGGAGAUCGCGGUGCAAUCGAGUUUUGUGCAGUCGUCUUCGCUGAAGAGCUCCCUGUAA